UGACACAGUAACCGUGGAAAGUCUAGAGACAAACGUCGCUCCCCCUCACUUCUCUUCCAAAUCUUUCCAAAAAUUAUGGCGGAAACAUGCAAAGCUCCGGAUGGUAGUGAUAUGUGGACAUUUGGGCUGGAUACCAAAUGGACAAUUCUAAUAGCCUUGAUUCUUGGUGCGACUCCCUUGAUUGUUCUUUUAGGAGUCCCCAAGCUUGUGGGAUAUGUCGGACGCAUUGUGGGGUUUUAUUUGAGGCAAAAGACAGCAGGGAGGAAGGCUCAAGUUUUGGAAAGGGUAGCGAUCGAUGAAAAGGAGUAUAGGAAGAGUAGAGAAAAGAGGCGAGAUAGUGAUGAUUGGGAGAAUGUGGAACCUGAUGCAACCAAAACUGGAGCGAAUGGGGACAAGGAAUGGGAUGGCAUUGUUGGAUUCUUCCACCCCUUUUGGUACAGAGAGACCUCGCCUGAAAUUGUUUUGGCUUAAUUGGCUAACAAUAAUUUAGUAAUGCUGGAGGUGGUGGUGAACGUGUUCUGUGGGCUGCAAUUCUAGCAACUCAAAAGAGAUGGCCCAAUGCGAAAUGCAUCGUCUACACUGGAGAUCAUGAUGUGGAUAAGUCGCAGAUAAUUGCUAGAGUAAAGGUAUAAACAGAAUACCAUUCUCAUCGAAUGUGCCGGCUAAUUACGACAAACAGGAUCGUUUCAACAUUCAACUCCAUCCACCAACGAUUACCUUCCUUUAUCUCACAACUAGACAUUGGGUUUUGGCUUCAACUUGGCCUCAUUUCACGCUUCUAGGGCAAUCGAUUGGUUCCAUUAUACUUGCAUGGGAUGCGUUUUCUCUAGUUGUGCCGGACAUAUUUGUGGAUACAAUGGGUUACGCAUUUGCACUUGGAUUUAGCAAGAUUUUAUUUUCCGAAGUACCCACUGGAGCAUACGUACAUUAUCCUACAAUCUCGACAGAUAUGCUGGGAUCACUGGAUCCUACAUCAGCCACCGGAAAGGAAGGAGUGAAUGCUGGAAAAGGCAAAGGACUGAGAGGAGAGGCAAAGAAGCUCUAUUGGAACAUAUUUGCGAAAUUUUACACCUGGGUCGGAGCAUCCAUUGAUGUAGUCCUCACAAACUCAAAUUGGACACUCGAUCACAUCACAUCACUAUGGGGAGAAUGGCGACGCGACCUAAAGAAGCCCACUGCAACAGCAGUCUUUCCCCCCGUAGCCGUCGAAGAGCUCGAGGAGAAGAUUACAGUAGACGCGGAAUCAGAAUCGGCACGUCAACCAGAUCUUCUUUAUAUCGCGCAAUUCCGUCCUGAAAAGAACCAUCAACUUAUUUUGAGCGCCUUUGCCGCCUUCAAAGCUACCAAAUCUCACGCAGCCGAAGGCUCAAAACUUAUUCUCAUCGGCAGUGUUCGCGACGACUCUGAUUCAAAACGUGUAUAUCAAUUACGGUUGUUAGCAAAUGAAUUACAGAUUAAGGAUGAUGUCGAAUUUCACUUGGAUGCGCCUUGGCCGGAUAUUCUGAAGUGGUUAGGCGAAGCUAGUGUUGGGGUUAACGGAAUGUGGAAUGAGCAUUUUGGAAUAGGAGUUGUGGAGUAUCAAGCGGCAGGAUUAAUCAGUGUUGUUCAUGAUAGCGGUGGUCCAAAAAGAGAUAUUGUUACCAAAAUUGAUGGUUCGCCUACAGGUUGUUUGCCUUUCUUCUUACCCCUUUCCAUCUCGCUUGUUUGUAGCGCAACUAAUCCUUGAACGCAGGCUUCCAUGCAUCAACGGUAGAACAAUUUGCCGAAGGUUUCGAGAGCGCAUUAUCCCUUCCGCGCGAGGAUAAAAUAGCGAUGAGGUUGAGGGCGAGAAAAUCGGCGCAAAGGUUUACAGAAGCGGAGUUUGCGAAGAAGUGGAUUCUAGGUAUGGAACAGCUAGUGGCAUUACGGAGGAAAUGGGAAAGCAUCAGAAGAAACCAAUAGAGGGUGUAUAUAAAAUCUGAUUUAUAUAGGCGAACGCGUCGAAGAUGCGAGCGGGUAGAAUACAUAUGCAAAUACAUAGCAAAUAUCCAAUACAUAGCGAGUUGUCACAUUGUAGGGAAA